ACGCAGGCGCCGGCCGCCGAGGAGCCAGAGAGAAAGUUCCUGGGGACAGUGCGCCCGCGGGAGGGCCCAAGCUGUGGCCGCUGCCCGAGACUAUCUCGAGUCCCGCGUGUGCAGUGCUCCGUUCGCCUGCACUCACUUGGCUGCCGGGGUUCUGCUUUUCGAGAAGCAGAGGAGCCUCGCGGGCGGGCAGCCGGGGCGGCCGCGACUAAACUUGGACCAGGAGGAUGCUGCGAGUGGGCGCGGCGGCGCGGUGCGCGGGGGCGCUCUCCAAGCUCUGAUCGCUCCUGGCGGGCUCCGAGCGCGCCGAGGCGCAGUAGGGCAGGUAGUGGCUCCAAGCGCCUGGACUGCGCCAAACCUACCAGUCAAGGCCGCCAGCGCCACCGUGCAGGCGUCGUUUCCUCGCUAAGGAGUCAUGGUGCCCACAGCGCGCAAGCCCCGCGAAGAACUCUGAGCUCCGGCCGUGCAGUGCAUCCCCUCCUCUGGUAUCCCCAUCCGAGCUUCCCGCGUCUGCCUUGCUCGCGGAUCAUGAAGCUAUAGCCUGGAGCCCCUUGCCUCUGAGCCGUGCAUCGCUCCGCAGCAGCCCUAGCGCCGCUGGACCACCGACAGCGCUCUGACCCUUCAAACUCGGGAUCUUCUCCCAGGGACGCCGGGCGCUCAGAGAUGGCGCUCCGUGGACCCCUCCGGCCUCGCAAAGUUCGCAGGAGGCGAGAGAUGCUGCUGCAGCAAGUUGGCUUCGUGUGCGCCGUACUGGCCCUGGUGUGCUGUGCGUCUGGCCUCUUCGGAAGCUUGGGCCACAAAACAGCUUCUGCUAGCAAACGUGUUCUGCCAGACACAUGGCGAAAUAGAAAGUUGAUGGCACCGAUAAAUGGAACUCCACCGGCUAAGAACUGCACGGAUCCUGCGAUUCACGAGUUCCCUACAGACCUGUUCUCCAACAAAGAGCGACAGCAUGGUGCUGUCCUGCUACACAUCCUUGGUGCUCUCUACAUGUUCUAUGCCCUGGCCAUCGUGUGUGAUGACUUCUUUGUCCCAUCCCUGGAGAAGAUCUGUGAGAAACUUCAUCUGAGUGAAGAUGUGGCUGGUGCCACCUUCAUGGCUGCAGGAAGCUCAACACCAGAGCUGUUUGCUUCUGUCAUCGGUGUGUUCAUCACCCAUGGAGAUGUUGGUGUAGGGACUAUUGUGGGCUCUGCUGUGUUUAACAUCCUAUGUAUCAUUGGAGUGUGUGGACUAUUUGCUGGACAGGUGGUGCGGUUGACAUGGUGGGCUGUGUGCCGUGACUCUGUGUAUUAUACACUCUCUGUCGUCGUGCUCAUUGCGUUCAUAUAUGAUGAGGAAAUUGUGUGGUGGGAAGGCCUAGUGCUCAUCAUCUUGUACGUGUUUUAUAUCCUUAUCAUGAAGUACAAUAUGAAGAUGCAAACGUUUUUCACAACCAAACAAAAGAGCAUUGCAAAUGGUAACCCAGUCAGCAGCGAGCUGGAAGAUGGUAAUGACCUCUAUGAUGGUAGCUAUGACGACCCUUCUGUGCCAUUGCUGGGGCAAGUAAAGGAGAAACCUCCCUAUGGCAAGACCCCUGUGGUGAUGGUGGAUGAGAUUAUGAGCUCCAGCCCUCCCAAGUUCACCUUCCCUGAGGCCGGCCUGCGCAUCAUGAUCACCAACAAGUUUGGGCCCAGGACCCGACUACGGAUGGCCAGCAGGAUCAUAAUUAAUGAGCGACAGAGGUUGAUCAACUCGGCCAAUGGUGUUAAUAACAAGCCACUGCAAAAUGGGAGACACGAGAACAUGGAGAAUGGAAAUGUCCCUGGGGAGAACCCUGAAGACCCACAACAGGGCCAGGAGCAGCAGCCACCACCACAGCCACCACCCCCAGAACCCGAGUCAGUAGAGACGGUCUUCCUGUCCCCCUUCUCAAUGCCUGAGGCAAAAGGCGACAAGGCUAAGUGGGUGUUCACUUGGCCCCUCAUCUUCCUCCUCUGUGUCACCAUCCCCAACUGCAGCAAGCCCCGCUGGGAGAAGUUCUUCAUGGUCACCUUCGUCACGGCCACGCUGUGGAUCGCCGUGUUCUCCUACCUCAUGGUGUGGCUGGUGACUAUUAUUGGAUACACGCUUGGGAUCCCUGAUGUCAUCAUGGGCAUCACCUUCCUGGCAGCGGGCACAAGUGUUCCAGACUGCAUGGCCAGCUUAAUUGUGGCAAGACAAGGACUUGGAGACAUGGCAGUCUCAAACACCAUCGGAAGCAACGUGUUUGACAUCCUGGUGGGGCUUGGCAUCCCGUGGGGCCUGCAGACCAUGGUCAUUAAUUAUGGAUCCACAGUGAAGAUCAACAGCCGGGGUCUGGUCUAUUCCGUGGUGCUGCUGCUGGGCUCCGUCGCUCUCACUGUCCUUGGCAUCCACCUCAACAAAUGGCGCCUGGACCGGAAGCUGGGCAUCUACGUGCUGGUCCUCUAUGCUGUCUUCCUGUGCUUCUCCAUAAUGAUAGAGUUUAAUGUCUUUACCUUCGUCAACUUGCCCAUGUGCCGAGAAGACGACUAAAGCUGAGCUGUUGCCUGGGAAACUGCUGUGGCCACCAUGAUGCUGGCGUCCUCUCUCUCUCCUUCUCCACACAGGUCUCUCCUGCCUUGGCAGCCGCUGUCCAUUCUUUCAUGAGCCGGAAGGAGGGGCCAGCAUGGUCUCUGUGUGGCCAUGGUCCAGGCUGCUGGGCAUGUGUCCCUGCAAGGCAGGGUCCAGGCAUUUUUUGAGCAGCUCCACAGACUCUUGCCUGCCAUCUGCAGGGACGCAUCAUGUCUCUUCUCUCUUGCACACUUUAGUCAACAGGACUUGUGUGUGCCGUUUGUCUUUCUUUUCCAUGGGCAGCCUCAGAAAUGAGUCAGUCAAUGGACAUGAGGUGUCCUAGAUGAAUGCAAAAUAGGAUGGUGAUUGGCAAUUGUCACCUCUGGGCCUGAGAAGGCAGAUCGUGUCACCAUGCGUAUCCAAGUCUGCUGGGAACGCUGGAAACUUGAAAGAGACAAGGCAUUCACCUGCAGGGGAUUGAGACCACUGCAGUUAUAGAAAAAAUAGGAAGAGUGGAAGCAUUAUUUCCCAGUAGAAGAGAGAAAAGCAAGCGAACACUGUUAUCCUUUUUAUCGACACAUUCAGAAAAUGAGCAAUGAAAUAUUAAAAAUAAAGCGUCACAUAUAGAUCAUCAUACUUGAAGAAUAUCAUUCCGCACAAAAGGAUCAUUGACAGGGGCCAAAAAGGUUACCCUUGGAGAAAAAAAAUGAAUCCUUUGUGUCUCAUCUUGUGCUGGCUCCGGGACAGUUUGGUUUGGAAUAGAAAAAGGUGGACGACCACACAGAAACAGGUGCUAACUCAGAGACACAGUGGGGAACGUAGUCGAGCUACACAUUUCAGACCUUAGGAUGCCAUGCACCUCCCCUUCAGGUUUGUAACUUCUCUGUUAAUGCUCUCCUUUCAAAACCACCCCACCGAGAGACCAACCAAUUGCAGAAGUGAUAGUUAUGGAGAGAAGAGAGUGCCUACAAAUCACUCUCCUGGUUAGCUGAAGCCAAGUCUGAAAAACGUACCUUAGAAUUUUUAGAGCUAAGUUUUUUUUCAACUUCAGAGUUUGCUCCACGUACAAGGCCAGGGAUGGGAGAUGGACCCAAGCACAGGCAAAUAUGAAACAAUGUCUGAUUGCUUCAUAGCUCUGAGAUCUCUGUAACAGUUUCCUGACUAUAAACCAUUCCUGGGUUCUAAUGAGAAAGCACAAAUUAAUUUUAUAUAGUGAGGUUUUUAUUUUUUUAAUGUUUCUAUUGCAAAAGUCUAUCAGACCUGAUGCACUUUGAAUACUGAGAUAUUUUGCACAGUAGAAGGCAUGGGGAUGACCCAGGGUAAUGAGAGAAUUUUUAGUGAUAUUAACCUUGGUGGUUUCUAUAAAUCCAGCAGCUGAGUCCUUCUGGGCCCAUGAUGGAAUCUAUAGUGAUGUUCUCUGAAUUUCAAGGGACAAAGUAUUCAAGCUUGUGUUUCCUAAGCAGAACUAUGAUGAGACCUCACUCCCAUUACCAGCCUUCAAUGCCGGGUUCACGUCAGUGUUAGUAGCUCCGGAUAAGCUCAGUGACCUUCAGAGCAAGACGGCGGGAUUUCCCUUAAAAAGAAUAGCUAAGCCCAAGGGAAGGAGCCUGAAGGUGCCUAGGUACAAGCUCAGCUGCAAGAGGCUUCAGAGUUGGUGUCUGUGCAUGCAUGCACACACGCACACACGUACACAUGCACACACAUCAGUUUCACAGACACAUACUAGCUCUGAAUGCUUCUGUCUUCCUGUGAGCCUCCUAGCUGCUCUGUCAUGUAUGAAUGAUGCUCAGUUCAACAGCAAUUGACAUCAAAUGGAUCUAGCUUAGCUUCAGGAUGUAGCAGAGCUGGGACAAAAGGUACCCAUCACCCCUCCCAAGUUAGCUAGUACACCUGAUUGGCCAGCCUGGCACAGUGGCACAAGUGUGACUUCACUCUUAGUGGAGGUGUGUGGAUCCUAUUUCUUGGGUCAAAACCCCAUGGAAUAUUUAAUUUACCCAGAAGUUUCCAAAAUCAUAGUCUAAUGCCUACCCUUACUGAAUGUCCCGAUUUUUUUCCCCUGAAAAAAAAAAAAGCCCAAAUGCUAUGUUUUAGAUUGUCAAGGUGCAAGAUACAGCCUCUGAGGGUCCACAGUGAUGUUUUGAUCCUCUGGGCCUCGUAUAGCUUCCAGAGAACAUCCCAGCUGCAUGCCCCAUACUUCAAAAUCUGAUGGAAGCUAUAAAACAUCUUACAACUGCAGUUAGAGAUGGAAAAUUAUGCUUUUGGUAUGUAGGGCAUCCCUCAUGCUAGUUUUCUUUGGUCUUUAAUGUGCCAAUGUUCCUUAAAGGCCCUGGGCAUCUCUCAUGUCUAGGAAGCUAUAGGCUGAAAGUAAAAAGUUCUCUGUUUUUAUCUAAGUAUUUUUUUUCCUCAUGAGUUUCACAAUUCAUUUGGUAAUAUAGGCCUACGUUUCUAAAACCAUGCUUCCAUUACUAUACAGAAUCACUUCCUUUGCUUUAUCCCUAAAACUAAAUUAGCAUGGUGUAAUUACUACUUCUGUCAAAAAAAUUAGACAAUUAAAAAAAUACAUGUAGCUUUUUGUUCCCUUCAGAGGCAGGAAAACAAACACUAACUGCUGUGUUAAAAUGGAAGAUGUUUUGUCUCUCUUCUGGCCUCUCUCCUCCCAGAAUCCUUUGCAGGACUGGGGUGGGGCAGCCUGUCGACAGAGAGACGAUGGUGACUGAGGGAGGCUUGGCUCGUUUCUCCUGGGGAAGCAGGAGAGCCCAGCACAGCACUGGAAGCUGCUCUCUGUGGCCUCACCCUCCCCUGGGUGUAAUAUUGGGCUGUUCUUGUCCCAUACUAGGUCUGGUCCACCUUGGCUUGUCCCCUCCCCCCGGAAGUCAGCAGCGAAUGGCAGACACCUUUAAACCCACAGAGGCUCUGAUGUCCACCUACACACUAUCCCAAUCCUGCCUGGGCCCCUGAGGGAAGGCUUGGCCUCUCUUUGCCACCUGCCUUCCCUCUUUUGUAAGUUACCCUUGUAAAUGGAUGGAAAAGAUAGCUGUGUUUUUGGUAGGUACUUAAGGAACAAAGAACUUGCUGGUUAGAGUUUAAAUCACCAGGAGAUUGAACCCAUCAGCCAGAUUUUAAAUACAUGCCAGAGGUGCUCUGAUGUCUCCCAACACAAUCUCUGCAGGAGUCAUCCUCUGAGGCAGUGAGCAGAUGUAUCCAGGAUACAUGAGGGCAUCCAUACCUGGGGAUAGCUCAGAUACCAUGUUGUGUCCAUAGAAAUGUCUAGACAUUUUUGAAAAUGAUCUCUGGUUAACUCUUGAGUGACAAGAAAUCUUGAUUCCUACCAGCUGACUACCUAAGACCCUGCCACUCUGAGCCGGGAUCCCUCUGUCCCAGUGUAGACUCACUCAGAGAGCACCCCACUUUCUCCAGGUAUGAACACUCCCCCCUUGGUUCUCUGGUCUCUGCAGCUUAUCACAUCCAACGAGCUCCUCAAGGGUCAUACCCCAACUAGAUAGGUUUCCUCAAAGUCUAGAGCAGUGGUUCUCAACCUGUGGGUCUUAACCCCUUUGUGGAGGGAGGGGGGUCAAACAACCUUUCACAGGGGUUGGCCUAAAGCCAUCAGAAAAUACAGAUACUACAUUGCAUUACACAAUGCAAAAGUACUGUUGUGAAGUAGCAGCAAAAACAAUGUUAUGGUUUGGGUCACCACAGCAUGAGGAACUGUAUUAGGAAGGUUGAGAACCACCCAUCUAGAGAAGGGGCCCUUCCUGUUUUAUAUAUUUGGUCGUGAGCCUAGCCUUUAAUGGCUGAGCCGUCUCUCCAGCCCUGCCAUUCCUAUUUUGUAGGCAAUUCUUUGCACUGUCAGUUAUGUGGGCACAGGAGAGAGACUUUCAUGGGCUCCACCCACAGGGCAGAGACAGCAGACUCUGAAACAUAGCAAGCCCUCUUCUAGCCCUGCGGGCAUGAGGCUUACACCUUGAUACAGAGCACUGGUGUCUAAACGGCACAUUCCCAGGGCACCAGCAGAGUGGUCCUACGUGUGGUUUCUCUGAAGCCACAGUAUCAUCUACAAAGUUCACAUACAUGAACCAUGUAGUCAUGUAUGGGUGUACAUGAUAUAUAUCCCCCAAAAAUCUAAUGUUUCCAGUAAGUUUACAAUUUGGUAUGGCCCAGGACUGUGUGUUGGACACUCCUGAUAUUUUUUUUAUAAGAGCAGCGUCAACCUGGGUACUAGCCUUGUGACUCGCUUCAUGCCUAACUGGGGACAAAGUCCCUUCAUCACAGUGCCACCCAAUACAAGCAAAUGCAUGCCUUCAUGCAGUUGGAAAAAGGGGUACUCUCUCUACCUCUGCCACCCACGAGGGGCUGUCAUUUUAAGGAAGCCAGAUGAGUGGUCUGGGAGCUUUGGUUAUCCCAGGGCAGUGGUGGCAGGUGGGGGUGGGGGUUAAGCAUUUUAGCUUUUCAACCAUCUUUGCUUUCCAGUUUCCAUGUACCUCUGCUGAAUCCUCAAAUACCACCACACACCCCCAUACCCACACAUGCACUGCUAGGAGUCAGGGCUCCCUGUUGAGGUGUCUUCAACCCCACUGUUUCCUGUCCAGUUGUCCAAGUGGUAUAGCUUCCUCCACUCCCUGCAGCAGGGCUGAAAUAGAAUCUCCUCUAAUGUGCCCUGGUGUAGACCUGGGACUCUGGGAAGCGUCUAGUGUUGAGAACACAGUCUACUUCUGUGAAGGUCAAGGCUGUGGCUGUGUGUCUUGUCUAUCCGUUACAUUGACAGGGCCAAGGCUUGCCUACUCCUUGUUAAAAUCCAGGAUAGAUGCCAGCAUGACCCAUAUCUCUUCCCAUGGUACUGCCAUAAUCCAAGCAGUGGCUGCUUAGGCACAAUGCUGGUCAGGACUUUUCCAUCCAUGAGUUCAAGAAAAUUCUUAAUCCUGGAGAGAGCCUGGGCCUUCCCUAUUCCAUCCUUAGAAAACAAGUUAAUCUGUUAUUAUUUUAGCUAUUAAAAGAAGAGGCCAUGUCACUUUUGGUUUGGUAUGAUCAGCUUUUGCCUACUAAGGAAGGGUCCAAGACAGCAUUUGCCUUUCAUCACUCUAGAAUUCCCAACAGGGAAGUUUUGGGGUCCACUCUGGGGAAACACAUAGUCCUCUUCCAAUAGGAGGACUUCUCCUACUUCUGAACAUGCCUGGGACCGAGACAGUGACGCUCUGUUCACUAAGUGAAGUGCUCGGUUGGGGGGGGGGGGAGAUGUUCUAGCUGCUGGUUGUCCUGCCUCACUUUGAGCCUCUACCCCUCUGAGCCGUGGACCCUGUGACUAUGCUCUGGCUUCUUCCAUCUGACCUGCACCAAGUUCAUUUGGGGACCAGGUAGACAAAGCUGUGGCAGAUCCACUGUGGCUGACUUUGGGGGAUCUCCAGUCUGUAGAGGAUUGGCUGCCAGUCUGUGAGGCUGGAUGUCCCAUUCAGAGCACUCACUCCUGGCACUGCCCUCCCCCACAUCUCCAAAGUCCUUCCUGAUGUUUGAUACAAAGACAGCUUUGAUUACACAGAGGCAACAGAAGCCUGCCAGCCAGGCACACCAGAUCCAGGGGCAGAGGUAGGACUGCCAAGGCAAGCUGGGCGUGAGGAGGCCAGGAACAUCCAAGAUGCCAAGUACCAGGCUGGACACAGUCCCCACCCCUGGGGAGGGGAUUUGGACCUUUUCUCAACACAGCCUUGGCAUACCAGGUCACAGGCAGAUGAAAACAGAGGAUUCUUGAAUCUUGAAAGAGCCUCCUUAGAAACACUCCAAACCAAGAACUUCUGAGGCCAUCCACAUGCCGCCGCCGAGUACCCACAAGGCAUCUGUAGCGUGCUGGGCUGCUCAUCAUCGUCUUUGUUCUUUCCCUAACAGGCAGAGCAGGAGCAAGGGUUGGAAAGCUGUAAAUAAUAAAUAUAUUUAUGCCGCUAUUUAUUUUUUCAAUAACUGUGACCUCCUGCACUGUGAAUGCUCUGUGAUAUGAGAUUCUUAGUUUAAUAAAACUGUCAUUAAAUUUGAA